UUUGAUGGAGGCGUCUGAUCCAAUUAUGCGUUGUUAUUGUUUUAUCGUCGUCUUUACUUUGUUCGCCCUCUCUGCAGCACAGGCUUCCGUAGCUGCCAAAUUUGAAGGGAAAGCCCGCUUAUCUCAAAGUAAAGGAGUCAUCCGGAGCAAGAGGGAUGUGUGUCCCAAUGGUUUGCCUACUUACGACCAUGAGGGCAAGAAAUGUUGUAAAUGCGACAAAGGUCAACGGUGGAUUGGUCACUGCACUGCAACAAGUUCUACAAAAUGCGAGAAGUGUGCGAGUGGAACGUAUAACAGCCUGCCUAAUGACCUGCCGACCUGUGAACCCUGCAUCUCAUGCUCAUCCAAUGCCAAUCUAGAGGUCCGUGAACACUGUACAUCUGUCAGUGAUACUAAGUGUCAAUGUAAAAAGGAUCACUACUGCACUGGAUACAUGAAAGACACCUGCAGGCUUUGCAACCCUUGUAAAGUGUGUGGUGAUGAGGGGAUUAAAGAACGCUGUACAGCCACCAAUAACACUGUGUGCAAUGGCAAAAGUGAAGGGGGAAAUGCGCCAACUAUACUCGGGGUAGUUCUACCAAUAUUGUUAAUUGCUGGAAUUGCUGGAAUUGCGGGCACUGUAGUCUUCUUAUGGAAAAAGAAAUGUAUCUGCCUUGUGUCUUCUAUGUCUAGUUUACAAUUUCCAGAAUCAAAAUGUGCCUGCAAGAUCAAUGAAGUUGUGAUGUGUUGUGCUUUGUUGCAUUCAACCCUAUUUUUUCUGUCUUUCACAUUAGCUCCACGUGUGGAUCUCUCGCCUUACGUACAUGACAUUGCAGGGGUGAUUGAAUGGAAAGAUAUGGAGGCUAUAGCUACGCGUACUGGGGUACAAAAGAUCGUUAUUGAUGCUUGUAAAUGGAACCACCCUAAUGACUGUCAGGCGCAGACACUUGAACUACUGAAGGUAUGGGUGGAGCAGCAGGGCAUGCAGGCCUCAGAAAAAUUGGUACAAAUGCUACAAGACAGAGGCAGAAGGCACACAGCAGAGAAAGUGCACGAUAUAUUGUGUGGUGGCAGCAGCGCAUAG